UUACACACAAGCUUCUUCUUCGAUCCUUCCCAUAUCUUCACAUUAGCACUCUCCUCCUGCAGAGAUCACUGCGCUUGGCCAUGCUACGGUUGCCUGUACAGGCCCGUGGCCUCCUCAGGGCGCACCGCAACUCUCCCUUCCGCUAUCGGCAUGCGCCGAAGCCGCUUAUCCGCCCUGUUCGCCGUGGAUUCACCAGCUCAUCAGCCACUUUCCCUACCUGGUCCCAAUUCGAUCGCUCAGAUUUCACAAACCAGCCGUGGACUGGCAGUUAUGAACCGGAUCUUCCAACAACAGGGCCACUUGCGUCAGCUCCGGCUUUCGGAGCCCCUCGGGUGACCCCCAGAACGUUGAAGCAGUACCUAGACCAGUUCGUCGUUGGCCAGGACCGUGCAAAGAAGAUACUUAGUGUCGCGGUCUUCAACCACUAUCAACGGGUACAAGAGCUGCAGAGACGCGAGGAGGAAAACGCAGAGUUGCUAGCGAAACGUGCGCGCAGAGAGGCGAUUGAGCAUCACCCGGUCGAAGACGAAUUCCCAGGCCAGCAACAAACCGUCAAUACAACCCCCGAAGCAGGUACAUUGCCUACAUCCGCGCAGCCUGGACUUGAGGAUUCCUCGGAGUUACAACUGGAGAAAUCCAACAUCCUUCUACUGGGACCAUCCGGCGUUGGAAAGACGCUUAUGGCAAAGACACUGGCGAGGAUACUAUCCGUCCCAUUCAGCAUUUCGGACUGCACACCGUUUACGCAGGCAGGUUACAUCGGAGAGGAUGCAGAAGUAUGCGUACACAGGCUUCUGGCCGCUGCGAACUAUGAUGUUGAACAAGCGGAGCGCGGCAUAAUCGUCCUGGACGAAGUGGACAAAAUUGCCGCAGCAAAGGUCAGCCACGGGAAGGACGUCAGUGGUGAAGGAGUACAACAAGCCCUCCUCAAGCUCAUCGAGGGCACAACGGUACAAGUGCAAGCGAAACAAGAACGAAGUGCGCCUCGUGUCGGCAACUCCCCCAACACAUUCCCCUCCAACAACCCGCUAGGGAACUCUCCAUUCAACCCCAAUGGCGGAAACAUGCCCCAGAAGGGCGAGGUCUACAACGUCCGCACAGACAACAUCCUCUUCAUCUUUUCCGGCGCCUUCGUCGGGCUACACAAGGUAAUCAUGGACCGGAUAUCUCGUGGAUCAAUCGGCUUCGGUCAACCCGUCCGCGGCUCAGCCCUCACAAACAAUCGAUCUCGCGACCACGCACCGGGCAACAACGAACCAAUCCCCAUCCUUCCGGGAUCCGAAGAAGAAGCCCUAUACAAAAAGCACCUCCCCUUCUUCGCCUCGGCCACCUCUCCCAACUCCCCCGACAGCGAACCAACCUACUUCAACGCCCUCGACCUCCUCAACCCCACCGACCUCCAAAAUUACGGCUUCAUCCCCGAACUAGUCGGCCGCGUUCCCGUCACCGCCGCCCUCUCCACCCUAACCACCCCUCUGCUCGUGCGCAUCCUCACCGAACCCCGCAACUCCCUCCUAGCCCAAUACACCACCCUCUUCAGCCUCUCCGGCAUCGAGCUCCGCUUCACCACUCCGGCCUUGCACAAGAUCGCCGCCAACGCCUUCACAAUGGGCACAGGCGCGCGCGCCCUCCGCACCGAACUAGAGACCAUCCUCAGCGACGCAAUGUUCGAAACCCCCGGUUCGAGCGUCAAAUUCGUCCUGGUCACCGAAUCCGUCGCGGAGCGGAACGAAAAACCUAUCUAUCUUGCGCGCGGCCAGGGCGGACGCUUCCACUCCAUGAUCGCCGCCGAGGAAAGUAAGUGGGAGGAGAAGGUACGGAGAGAGAAAGCGGAGAAGAGUAAAGAUAAGAAAGCGAAGACGCAGCCGGCGGAUGAACUUCCCCCGAUUUCGAGUUUCCGGGAGUAUCGUACGCAGACGGCUGGGUUUUAGGUAUCAAUCACUUGGAUUGGAUGUUGGUCAAGACAUUGUACAUAGGAACGGGAGAGAGAGCAUGAGGCAUAAGCAGGCAGUCAGGCAGUUGAUCCUGUUGUU